CUUCUCCAGCUAUUGGUGCUUCUGGCCGCUCGGCUCCACCCCAGCCCGCCAUGGCGUCAGCCGCCGCAACCCGGGGGAGGAGGUUCCCACUUUAAGAAGUGAAGUUUUCCUCCCCCUCCCCCUCCUGCCCACCUCCUGCCGCCUCCCGCGCCCCGCGGGGCCGCGGAUGGAGCUCCGCCGUGGCGGCGUGGGGAACCAGGCUGCGGGCCGGAGGAUGGAUGGGGACUGCCGCGAUGGCGGCUGCGGCAGCAAGGACGCCGGGUCGGAGGACUACGAGAACCUACCGACCAGCGCCUCGGUGUCCACCCACAUGACAGCGGGAGCGAUGGCCGGGAUUCUGGAGCACUCCAUCAUGUACCCGGUGGACUCCGUGAAGACACGGAUGCAGAGUUUGAAUCCAGAUCCCAAAGCCCGGUAUACAAGCAUCUAUGGCGCCCUCAAAAGGAUCAUGCACACUGAAGGCUUCUGGAGGCCUCUGCGGGGCCUGAACGUGAUGAUGAUGGGUGCAGGGCCCGCGCACGCCAUGUAUUUUGCCUGCUAUGAAAACAUGAAAAGGACUUUAAAUGACGUUUUCAGCCACCAAGGAAACAGCCAUCUAGCUAAUGGGGUAGCUGGGAGUAUGGCCACCCUACUCCACGAUGCAGUAAUGAAUCCAGCAGAAGUGGUGAAACAGCGCUUACAGAUGUACAACUCCCAGCACCGGUCAGCCUUCAGUUGUAUCCGGACAGUGUGGCGGACCGAGGGGUUGGGGGCCUUCUACAGGAGUUACACCACACAGCUGACCAUGAACAUCCCCUUCCAGUCAAUUCACUUCAUCACCUAUGAGUUUCUGCAGGAGCAAGUCAACCCUCGCCGGGACUACAACCCACAGUCUCACAUCAUCUCAGGAGGCCUGGCCGGGGCGCUGGCCGCAGCUGCCACCACCCCACUGGAUGUCUGCAAGACCCUCCUCAACACGCAGGAGAACAUGGCACUCUCCCUGGCCAACGUCAGCGGCCGGCUGUCGGGCAUGGCCAAUGCCUUCCGGACGGUAUACCAGCUCAACGGCCUUGCCGGCUACUUCAAAGGCAUCCAGGCUCGAGUCAUCUACCAGAUGCCUUCCACCGCCAUCUCCUGGUCUGUUUAUGAGUUCUUUAAGUACAUCCUCACGAAGAGGCAGCUGGAGAAUCGAACUCUGUACUAAAGGAACGGGGCAGUGGGAAGUGGUUCUGACAUCCUUUGUUCCAGCUUCAUCCUCUUGUUCUCGCACCCAGGGCUUGUCCUGAAGGGUGCUUGCGCCAGGCCCUUCGUUCCCUGGUGCCGUAGAGAGGGAGGACCGGCCUCCACUGACCAGCGUGCUGUCUGUGGGGACGUCAGAGGUGGUGGUAGGCAGGAGAAACUCGGGGAGAGGGGGAAGUUGCUUUUCUCCUCCUUCCUCCAGAGGAAUGUAGCUUUUCUGCCUCACUGUGGCCUUCUCCCUAGAUCUUUAGAUCACACCGCAGAGGCAAACAGUGACACAGCAAAGAAAAAGUUUAUGUACAUAAAAGUACCACUACCCAGUCUGAAAUAGGUGGAUAAUGUUUAUCCUUUAUUUUUCUACAUAGAGAUUUUUGAAAUUGUGUGUGCUUGUGUGUGUCUAUAAAUAAUAUUAGAGUUGGGAAUGAUGGACCUGAGUUCAAUUCUUCCAUCAUGAGAAGUAAAACAAACAAACAACAACAACAACAACAACAAACAAGGGGGAAAACGGCACCAAAGUAACAAAUGGCUUUAUGUGGCCUGAAAUUGUGUGUAGCGCCCCUCCCAUGGGAGUUUAACUUGAAUGUAAAAUAAUAAAUAUAAAGUUUAUAUUUUGAAUUUCUAUUUUCAUGGGGAAAAAAGGUACGUUGAAAACAAAUCAAAAUAGUCUAUCACUUGGAGCUUUUUUUUUUUUAAUUUUAAUUUUAAAUAUAAUUACCCUGCGUGCCUUUCUGUCUUUUCUAAGACUUCCAGGACCAAAAAUAGGGUCCUGGAGCAUUUUCUCCCUCUGUAGACACCCCUGUACAGUCCUCAGCACUGUGGCUGUCUCAGUAGACUAAGAAUGGCUGGCCUUAACCUUCUGUGUGAGUGAUGUGAGCAUGUGCCUCCCUGGUCAGCUCUUAGCACUGGGACUGCCACUGUAUGCCUAGCCAGUCGAUGAGACAAUUCUGCCUAUGUCUUAGGACUAAUCUCCAUGGCAACCUCCUCCUUGGGCACUUCUGCUAACCUGGUUUAUAAGGUUUGUUAUUACUCUCCUGUUGACCCCAUUUCCCAUGCAGUCUAGGGAUUUUGAGUAUUUCUGGUACUCAUCUGUCUCCUACCCUGUUCAGCUCCACGACUUUAACAUCAGAGCCUCUUUACUGCACUGAGGCCAGCCCUCCAGCCGGGACUGAAGCCUGCCAUGAUCCUCCCCCCCUCCCGAGCUGCUCAGCAGCCUUGUCUCACCCUGUGCCACUUGAGAACCUAUGUCCUCUCCGCUUUGUUUUCUGAAGUGGAGUCAGAUCCUCUCAGAGAAAGCACAAGCCUGUGUUGUCCAGUCUCCCAUCCUCAUGGAGAUGACAGGAUGGGCUCAGCUUCCUUCUUCCAGUUGUCAACGAGUAAGCUGGGAAGAUGCUCAUGUUUUCAUGUCCAUUGCCCUGGUCUCAUUUGGAAGCCACAGCUAGCAUGCUCCCUCACUGGGGAGGCUUGAGUUCCCAUGGAUGGUCAUGCUGCUGCCUGGGAAGAAAUUGAGCUUGUACUUGGAGAAUUUCAUCUUGGACCCACGUACCACUUGGUGCCAGUAGAUGCAGAUUUUUGGUUUUGUCCAGCAGCUGUGAGAAAUUACACGCUUGUCAGCUGACUUUUUUUUUUUUUCCAGAGAGAACCACCUCUCUCAAGUACUCCCAUGUGUUCCAGGAGAGCUUCCUGGCUAGCUGCAGUUUCUGUCUUACUGGUGUCCUGGGCUGGCUGGUGUCCUAUUAUCACUGACAAUGUUUCUAUUCUUACCCUGCUAGCAUUGAGUAGAGUUAAAUUCUAUAAAUGGAGAGGGAAGUCAAAUUUAAAUCAAACCCCAAACUAUUCCUAUACCACGCUUAGAUACAUUGUUGACCAAUCCUGCUGCAAAACCAGUAUUUUCCCUUGGAUUUUCUUUACAGUUAUCGAAUACUAGGAUAGCCCCUUUGGUCAUGGCCUUAUAAGGUAGGACCAGGACUUCAGGACUCUGAGCUUAAAGUCCAGGGGUCCCAUCCUGGCUAUCACCUCCUCAUGAUUGGUGGGUCUGCAGGAGGAUAGCUUUUUAACCUACCCAUCCAAUUCAGUCACCCUAAAGUUGAGCGAGUGAUAUGUCUGCAAAAAAGUUGUUAAAAGUUGGGAAACAUUCAACAUAAGUUCUGUGGCAGUCAGUCCCCCCUCCCUUAGCUCCAACAUUGAAAUUGUCCUUGACCGUCAUGCACAUGAUAGCCAGUGUGUUGAUUGUAAUUUUUGACGUUGCAAAUUUCAAGAUAGGGAAAGGCUCAGUGACCAGUUUAGGAUAGCCAUAACCUAUCUCGGUCAUUGUCAUCUUUGGAGUGACAUCCAAGGAUGGACCAUCCCACCUGUGUACAAUGAUAAUACUUUAGCUGUGUGUGUGUGUGUGUGUGUUCAGGCCAUGUGACAGUCAACCAUUUAAUAGUUGAGUGUUAAUUUAUUAUAGACAAAUAUUGAUCUUUAAAAAUGGGAUGCUCUUAAUUCAUGACUUUUUAAAGAAUUGGAUUAAAUAUGGCUACUUUUAUGUGAGCUGUUCCCCUCUGUCCCCCCCCCCCUUCUCUCUGUCUCAUUUCUUACAACUAUCACCCUCCAGUGUCACCCCCAAGGCUAUAUAUCCAACAUACUGCUAUGCCAUUAAGGUUUUAUUUAACUUUAUUUAUGGAUAAUUAUGUCUAUGAACAACAAAUGUGCCGUUAGCGGUCACACAGUGUGUGGGAUAAGAGUGGCCUAGUGUUGCUUUCCGAAUGUCUUAAAGUACCUGUGGUCAAGAUUGUUUUUGCCUUUGUGGCCUUUGGGUCUGGAGAGCAGCAUUGUGUUCACAUGUGUGGAUGUCUGUUGUGCUGCUACAGUUGUAACACUGGAGCUGGAAAAAUAAAGCAUCAAUCUUGAAAGCA